AUGGAUCCAAGUCUAAGCGAACGCGAGUAUGAUGUGGUGGUUGUAGGUACGGGCAUGGUGGAGGGUAUUUUAGCAGGAGCAUUGGCACGAAUUGGCAAAAAAGUGUUGCACUUAGACCAGAACGAUUACUAUGGCAGUAAUUAUGCAUCUUUCCCAUUAGCUCAAUUUCGACGGUGGACAAAGAAUGAAGUCAUUGCUCCUAGAGAAGAAGAUGACGAAAAAAGUGGCCAAGUUGCAUCAAAGUCAAUUGGACCACUUGAUGAUACUAUUCACCAAGUGAUACCAAUGCAACAUUCCUUCCAGUGUCAAUUACUACAAGAGUGUUUUGUGGAUAAUGCCACAAAGACGAAAUUAUUGGGACAAUCUUCGGCAUUCAGUAUUGAUGUGAAUCCACGGCUUUUGCUGUCAUCAGAGCAGCUCGUUGAGACCUUAAUUACGUCGGGAGUUGGGAGGUAUCUUGAAUUUGCCGCCAUUGAACGGACAUACGUUCAUUUGCCCACCUUAGAUAAUUCUGAGUCUGAUACUGUGUGGCAUGUACCGUGUUCUAAAACGGAUGUUUUUCAAAGUAAAUUAUUGGGAAUGGUUGAAAAGCGACAAUUAAUGAAAUUUCUUCAAUUUGUGGCAGAUUAUGGCGACACGCACAUUUUGCACGAAGACAUAAAGACCAAAAACGAGCGGUCUCUUGCGCUUGGACGUGCUUUAAAACGACCGCAAAACAAACUUAGUCAAGUCGACGAUGAAGUUGCACUUGCUUCGUACCUCGAAAUGUCUUUUCACGACUUCUUAGCACAAUAUUUUCAUCUUUCCAAUAAGUUGCAGCAAAUUAUUGUCUAUUGUGUUGGAUUGGCAACAUUCUCUGCCACAAAUCAACAACUUUCCGCUCGGGAUGGACUUGUGGCGGUAUACCGUUAUGUGGCAUCCAUUGGUCGAUUCGCUGGUACCGCAUUUCUCACACCGUUAUACGGCAUAAGCGAAUUAGCUCAAAGUUUCUGUCGACUGAGUGCUGUCUAUGGUGGUGUUUACGUGCUUCGCGCACCUAUUGACGCGUUUGUGUUGAAUUUAGAAACGAAAAGUGUUUGUGGUGUACGUGCCACAGAUGGCAAUAUAUGUCGUGCAAAGCAUAUUGUGGCAAAUGGCAGUUAUGCAACAAGUUUGUAUCCGAGUGGCAUGUCAGGACGUGGCCAUGGCAAAGUGUUGCGUGGUAUAUUCUUAUUAAGAAACUCACUACGUCAUGGUGUCAACCGUCUCAUGCUUGUCAUUCCUCCUGACGAUCAGGAAUUUCAUAACCCAUUUGCAAUUCAAGUGAUCCAAUUGGAUGCAGGAGUGUAUGCGUGUCCAAAGGGUUACGUUUUAGUGCAUGUCUCAACUCCUUGGAGUCCUGAGUGGGUUCAUGAAUCAGAAAAGGAACUUAAGCUGAUGCAAUUGGUUAUACGACGUCUGAUUCUGAGUUCUAAAGCAGAAAAACAGACAAGUUCUCAACUGGCAACUUCCGAGGAAAACAACUGGAAUCCCGAAAUUGCGUGGCAUGUCAUUUUUACAGUGGACCACCUUACAUUUGGUCCCUCGACCGGUAAGUUACAGAGUACACACCUUCCAUCGAACAUUUAUGUCUGUGAAACAUCGUUUGAACGCUAUGAAUCGGGUUAUACUGUAAACCCAUUAGAACUUCAUUUAGAGAAUGCGAGUGCGAAUGCUCGCGCUAUUUUUGAAGCCAUGUGUCCAGGUGAACCAUUUUUACCAAAGAGUGCCAGUGCAGAACAAGCUGAACUAGAAGAACAGGAAUGUGAAGAGGAGGUAGUUUUACGAGCUGCACAAGAACUUGUACAGAAAACUCAGGGGAUAGAGGAAUCAAGUGACUUGAGUAAUAUUGAACAUGUUCUUGAAACAAUUGUAGUGGAUGAAAAGGACGAUGUGACAGCUGACGGUGUUGAAAUGGUUUGUACCAAAGAUCAUUUAAAUGAAUGUAACGAAGAAUAG